GGUCGAAAUGAUCUCCACCAACGUGCUCGGCGUCUGCAUGUGCACCCGCGAGGCCCUCAAGGACAUGACGAGGCGGGGCCAGUUUGGUCACAUCAUCAACAUCAGCUCCAUGAGCGGCCACCGCGUCCCCAACGGCGCCUCCGGCGGCUCCUUCUAUGCUGCCACCAAGCACGCCCUCAGGGCCCUCACCGAAGGCCUCCGCCAAGAGGCUCGUGGCAGGAAAGUGGAUUUGAGGGUGUCCAGCAUAUCUCCUGGAGUGGUGGAGACGGAGUUCCUGGCUGUGCAUGGGUUUGGCGAUGAAGCAGCUGCAAAGGACAGGUACAGCAGCAUGAAAGCGCUGCAGCCUGCUGACAUCGCACAGGCUGUUGUGUGGUGCCUCUCAGCGCCAGACCAUGUGGAUACAAAUGACAUUCUGCUGAGGCCAGUGGAGCAGGAGACCUGAACACUUGAUGGGCUGCAGGCUUCUCAUGAAUCAACGUUAGAUUGUGCUGGAAUGUACCAUGCAAAACAGUGGGUUUUCCCCUCUGUUUGGGAUGUACUGUACUUUGGCCCGGGUCACAUGCAGCAGAGCUUUGUGUGUUGUUCCUGGUGUUCAAGCUUCACUGAACUGUAUGUCCCAAACGCCAUUCCUCUGACUCUUUUCAGGGUACCUCUGCUGCGGCAUCACUGCUAUACGUAUCGAGGGAUAUCCCUGAGUGACUAGUGAUCACUAUUCAUGACUGUCCAUGUGGUUUCAAAUGAGAGCCACUCUUGACGCAUGGGUCUAUUGAGAUGAAAGUGGUAUAUUUCGAUAUCUCUGACUCUGCGUCUGUGAAAGUCUUAAU